ACUAUCUUUUCUUCCCUCCUUCCACCUCUCUCCUCCUUUUUGCACCUUCCCACCUUUUAUUUUCUUGCUCCCUCACCCCCUACUCCAUCACUCAAGUUUUCUCUGCCCUCUCUCUCUCUCAAAAGAAAUUCAAAAAAGGGAAAUCUUUUCUCACUUAUCAACAUAAAUUUGUAUAUAAACACAAUUGCCUCUACUUUCCAAGGAUGUCAUAUCAUGUUUCUCUGGUUUUGAAAUGCCUUGCAAUUGCCUUGUCUCUCUCUGUUGAAAGCUGAAACCAACCCAGAAUUCAAGAAGAAGAUGAAAAAGUUGAGAAGAAUGUGUAGAAGGAACCUCUGGGGUCUUCUUGUAUUCAUCCAACUGGGCUGCAGUCUUGUUAUCUCUUCAGGUUCAGGUUCAAAUGUAAAGGGAGAAAUUUCCAGCACCCAAAGAGACAUCACUACACCUAUAACAACUGUUCCAACUGCAAAUCCCACCACUCCAACUACCACAACUCCAGUUCUGAAUCCUACAGUUUCCAAUCCCGAUUCAACCACCACGAGCCCGGUUAAUCCGGUGAUGACACCGUUCCCUACAACGUCCCCACAGUCAUCUUCAAGCGCGAGCUGGUGUGUUGCUAGCCAAUCUGCUUCGCAAAUCGCGUUGCAGGUAGCCUUGGACUAUGCGUGUGGCUAUGGCGGUGCUGAUUGUUCGGCCAUUCAGCCCGGAGGGAGCUGUUACAAUCCCAACGGUAUCCGUGACCACGCUUCCUAUGCGUUCAAUAGUUAUUACCAGAAAAAUCCGAUUCCUAAUAGCUGCAAUUUUGGUGGCACUGCUGUCACAACCAACACUGACCCCAGCUCUGGAGCCUGUCAGUAUCCAUCAACUAGCACGAGCGCAUCAAUCUUGAACACGACUAAUUCGAGUGGAUCUAGAGUUUUCGGUGCUGGACCUAUCACACCCUCAACCUCAAAAGCUGUUGGAACAAGUAGUUUCCUUCUUUUUUACUACCAGUUAACGGUUCUCGUGAUGUGCCUGGUGGGUAAUCAUCAUCAUCGAUAACAGCUUAUAUAUCGCACUAAAGAUCAUUUCUUUUUGCUGCAAGACAGAAUGUAAAUGGCAAGGCUUUAGUGUCAGUCACAGUGGUUGUUGUUUUAAUCAUUAUACUACCAAGCUGACAUCUUUUUUGGUGUAAAAAAGAAGGGAAGUGUGCAGAUGAAGGAAGGAAUUGAGGAAGAAAAAGAGCAGUGUGCAGGAGGGUGUUUAUGUUUGUGAAAUCUGGGGGUUUCUUGUAGGUUAUAGAGGAGAUUGGAGUUGAAAUUAAAUUAGAGUGUAAUCUUGAUUAAAGCUAGCUAGAUAGAUAAAUCAUUGUUUCUUUUACUA